AUGCAACCUCCACCCCCGAUGGCUGCUGUCCAUGCUGGUCAUCAGGUGGCAGGUCACGAGGUUGCUGGUCACCAGGCUGGUCUCCAGAUGGCUCCUCACCAUAUCGUUCCUCUCGAGAUGGUUCCUCCUCACCAGAUGGCUGCUCCCCCCACUCACCUGGCAGGUCACGAGGUUGCUGGUCAUCAGGAGGCUGCUGGUCACCUGGUGGUAGGUCACGAAGUUGCUGGUCACCAGGCUGGUCUCCAGAUGGCUCCUCACCAUAUUGUUCCUCUCGAGAUGGUUCCUCCUCACCAGAUGGCUGCUCCCCCCACUCACCUGGCAGGUGACGAGGUUGCUGGUCAUCAGGUGGCAGGUCACGAGGUUGCUGGUCACGAGGUUGCUGGUCACCAGGCUGGUCUCCAGAUGGCUCCUCACCAUAUCGUUCCUCUCGAGAUGGUUCCUCCUCACCAGAUGGCUGCUCCCCCCACUCACCCGGGGGCUGCUGCUCAUCAGGGAGCUGCUUUUCACCCGGGGGCUGCUGCUCAUCAGGGAGCUGCUUUUCACCCGGGGGCUGCUGCUCACCAGGGGGUUGCUCCCCCGGAGGAGUUCUUAUGGCAAACAACGGAUGAGCGCCAAUUUGUUCCCUCGACUCCUCACCCCGUUUAUUGGCACAGCAGCACAAUUGAGAACAAAGAGCAUUGUAAAGUGCUUGAAAUUGGACCUGCACAUUUUCGGGACUUAAUGGCUGGAAGUCCCCGUGAGAGCCCCAUAAAUUCGUUUCAUUUUAUGAAAGUUGGAUUGCCAGUGAUAUUUGCUAGCUCGAAGUUGCCUCAAGAUAUCAGUAAGACUUUUCCAGGCUUAUUGUCACAAACAGGAAUGGAAGGAAUGGGACUAGAGCUGUUCUGGCCAACAGUGGGGCCAUUCUUUCCCUGCGGUUCAACGAUUCGCCUAUAUUAUCAGUGGAAACAAUUUGGGCAGAAGCACAUGCUUUUUAUUACGGUCGAAGAGGAAGGGUUUGGAAGACCCGGUCCUUCUGGACAAGGAGACCAAAGAGCCGUUCGGAGGAGGAAGAGAUAGUGCUAUACUUUUGUUUUGCUUCUCUCAAAGUAAUAGCCUUAUGAGAAUUGGCGUAUCUCUUUAGUUUAUUUUUAAAUAGAAUCAACGAUAUUUCGGGGAGAGUGAAUAUCAGAGUAAUUAGAAUCUUCUUGUAUCCUGCUGAAUUUUAUGCACGUCUUAUUCGUACUCAAAUGUUCUGAUAAUGACACACAACAUGGUUGCUUGCGAUUUCCAUCAAUUGUGUCCCAUGAUAUCACAUUAAGUCCCUCGAGAAGAAAAGCAAAAACUUUGUCAGCUGCCAUCUCUUAUGACUGGAAUUGAUCUUUGGCUGGAUCUACGAGGAUUUAAUCAUGUUACUGUUAACUUUGGCAUUUAAAACACUAGUAAAUACUUUUAUUCUGCACGCAGAUGUCUUUCAUGGUCUGAUUUUAUCUUGUGUGGUUACUCUUGUGUACUGCUGCUAACUUAUUAAUUGUGGUGGCAAAUAACACUUCUAGCUAGCUAGAAGCUUUCGAGUAGAAAUGUCAUUGCCUAU